AUGGCUGAAAAAACAGAACCAUUCCUAAGUAAUGAUAAAAAAUUGAAGAGAAAAUUAGGAUCAUCUCUUGAUGAAACAAUAGAAACUUGCAUAGGUGAAUUUGGUUGGACUCAAUUUUUACAAGCCAUAUUUGUCUCUAUUGCUUGGUUUUUUGAUGCUCAACAAACAUUUAUUAGUGUUUUUACUGAUGCACAACCAUCUUGGCAUUGCAUUUCUUGCAAUUCUUCUUCUUCUUCUUCCAUUGACAACAAUUUUUGUAAUCUUCCAAAAGAUGCAUGGACAUGGGAUUUACCAUCCCAUAUUUCAGUUGUUUCAGAGUGGUCUUUACAAUGUCGUGGCUCGGUCAUCGCCGGUCUUCCUGCUUCUUCCUUCUUCAUGGGAUGUCUUAUAGGAGGUUUCCUUCUCUCCACCUUAGCUGACUCGUCACUUGGACGAAAAAAUAUGUUGGUUUUGUCAUGUCUUCUCAUGUCCAUUACUGGAUCAAUCACUGCUUUUUCCACCAAUAUUUGGAUGUAUUCAUUCUUGAGGUUUCUUUCUGGAUUUGGAAGAGCUACAAUAGGCACAUGCGCGCUUGUCUUGUCCACAGAACUCGUGGGAAGACGAUGGCGAGACCAAGUUGGAAUCAUUGGUUUUCACUGUUUCACUAUGGGAUUUAUUUCAUUACCAACUUUGGCAUUUAUAAACAGAGGUUCUACAUGGAGAAUUCUUUACCUUUGGACUUGUUUACCUACAAUUUUAUACUCAUUUUUAGUUUAUUUUAUAGUACCUGAAUCUCCUAGAUGGCUUUAUAUCAAAGGAAACAAAGAGGGAUUUGUCCAAACUUUGAAAAGUAUUGCACCUCCAACAACAAGAAGCAGUUUAACCUUGAGUUUCUUCGGAUCGUUCAUUGAAUUUGAAAAUCAAGAAGUACUCGAUAACAACACAGUCGAUCUAUAUUCAGCUAUCAGGAUGUUGGUGGAAAGAAAUUGGUCUUUUCGUCGACUAGUAACAGUAAUGUGUGUUGGAUUUGGUAUUGGUAUGACUUACUAUGGUAUGCCAUUAGGUGUUGGAAGUUUAAAUUUCAAUCUCUAUUUAAGCAUUACAUUGAAUGCAUUAUCUGAAUUACCAUCUUCCAUUUUGAUUCUUUUUCUUAUUGGGAAACUUAGUAGGAAAAGUUCAUUACUAGGAUUUGCUAUAUUAAGUGGAAUUUGUAGCAUAGGUUGUGUUAUAUUUGAGGGAGGAAAAUUCAAAGAAUUACAAAUAGGAGUUGAAUUAAUUUCAUAUUUUAGCGCGUGUACAGCGUUUAGUAUUCUAUUGAUCUACACGUUGGAACUUUUUCCGACGUGUGUGAGGAACUCGGCUGUGGCAAUGGUGAGACAAGCGAUGGUUCUCGGCGGAGCUUUCAGUCCAAUGCUCAUAGCAAUUGGUAGGAACAACAAAUGGUAUUGUUUUGGUGUGUUUGGUUUGAGCAUAGUAAUAUGUG